AUGUCUGAAGAUUCUCGACUAGAAUCCUUGGUUGACCUCUUCCCUGCAGUACCAAGGUCCGAAUUAGCGGCAAGACUUAUUUCUUGUGAUAAUUUUGACGACUUGGUUGAGCAACUUCUAAGUGAAUCUCACAUUCCUACCCAAAAUGAUCUCCAUUGCGUCCCCCAGAACGUUCAUCAAAGUGAACUACAGUUCAUGUUCCCACAUAUUGAUCCAAUUAAGAUCUCUGAAUGUUUAGAAUUACACAACAACGACUUUCAGGCUGCUGCUGAUGCGCUAAUGGAGCCCGUUGAGCCUCCUUUGGUCGACCUCUGUGGCUUACCGCCUCAAACCACUGAUCCAUAUGUGGAGAAAUAUCAAGGAGACAAGAUCCGAGCACUAAUAGACAUCUUGGCCACAUUUAGGCGGCAGACGAAAGCUUGGUCCUCGAGGGUUCAACGCACUCCCUUGGAGCCGGUGUAUGUUCCGUCGUAUACAUACAAGAGUUUAAGCCCCGAGGCGGCAGAGCUAGACGAGUUAAUCAUGCACAAUAAGCAAUUGCAGAAACUCAAUUAUGCAUUUUUAAAGAAGCUGUUGGUGUUUUUCGAGGGAAAUAUCUACAAAGUCACGGCUGCAGCAGAGGCAGUAGUCAAUGCGAAAAUGGAGAAGCACACUUUCGAUCAUACCCUUGGACUCACAGCAGAAACCUUCACUGUUCCAAAAACGUCUCUUUCCGACGUUCUACGUGCUGGGCCAACACAAUCAAAUACAGUGGAACUUCAAUUCCAGUCUCCUGCAAGAAACACUAGAAAUCGGUACACAUCUGUCACUAAACCACACCCAAUUGUGAGGACAAGUGUAGAUUUGCAUGGGUACACUGUCAAAGAAGCAACAGAAACUGUUGAAGAGGCAUUGAAUUCUUGGUGGCAAGAAGAGAUGAGACUUCGAGAAAUAGGAGGCCAUUUUGAGAGAUACGGCCGAAAAUGUCAAUUUGUGGAACCUCUAAGUAUAGUCACGGGAAGAGGAUUACAUUCACUGGGUGGGCCGAAGAUACGAGGGCUGGUUGUUCGUUUGUUGACAAGAAGAGGAUUUAUUUAUGAUGAGGAUGUCGGUCGGUUGGUGGUUAAUGGGAAGAAGUAG